AUGACGCUCUACUACAGCCUGGUAUUCAUGCUUCUGGUGGCGGAGAUGGUCUUGUUCUUGGCCCUCAUCGUCCCGAUGCCGUUCACAGUCAAGCGAAAAAUGUUCAACUUCAUAUCCGAAAGUCCUCUCGUAGCCAAGAUACAGUAUGGGAUGAAGAUCACCUUCAUCUUCAUCCUCAUCCUAUUCCUCGACAGUGUCAACAGAGUCUACCGAGUCCAGGUUGAAAUGGCAGCUUUAUCAAAGGACACUACUGGUGCAGGACGUGCAGCAGCAAUAGGUUCUGAGCGGAUGGAGGUUCAAGCCCGCAAGUUCUAUUCUCAACGCAACAUGUACCUGACCGGCUUUACUCUUUUCCUCUCCCUCAUCCUCAACCGCACAUACGGCAUGAUCCUUGAUGUCCUUCGCCUCGAAGAGAAGGUCAAGAUGUAUGAAGGCGACAAGCGCGCUGGCGGCAAAGAGGGAGAGAAACUCAGCGGAGAAUACCGGGCGGACCAGAUUGGUGAACUCAAGAAGCAACUUCAAAAGAAGGACAAAGAACUUGAGGCAAUGAAGAGUCAAGCGCAAGGUCUGCAAAAGGAAUACGACGAACUGAGCGUCAAGUACAACCAAAUGAACCCCAGCGGUGGCGACAAGAAGAGCAACUAA